CGGCAGCGGCACCGGCGGCAGCGGAACCCCCGCGCCGGGAGCAGGCAGCGCCGCCCGGAAGGGAGCACCGCGGAGCCGGAAGGGACAUCGAGGACCCUCCCACGGUGGGUGAAGAGGCAGCGAAGGUCACCAGGGAGACCAGGGACCCCACUUUGGUGCCAGCAGGGAGAGCCGUCCGGUGCCAGCAGCGCCCCCAGUCCGGGGUCAGCAGCGAUCCGGGCUGGGUGCCACCCACGUGCCCGGAGGGAGGCAGGACUUUGCCCCCUCCCCGGGGGGCACGGUGCCCCCUCCGGCUCCCGCUUGCUGCUGAGCGCUGCGGAGGUCGGCGGCAGGGAGAUGGCACCCGGGAGGCUCCUGCUGGGGCUCCUGCUCUGGGUGGGCACCAUGCCCGCGGGGGCGGCAGCGGGGGACGCUCUGCUCAGCGUCUGCAUGGAUGCCACCCACCACAAGAAGGUGCCCGGGCCUGAGGGGCAGCUCUAUGGGCAGUGCGCCCCCUGGCGGAACCUGUCCUGCUGCAGCGCCGCCACCAGCGAGGCCGCGCACCGGGACCGCUCCCCGCUCUACGGCUUCAACCUGGAGCACUGCGGGGCGCUGCCCGCCCGCUGCCGCCGCCACUUCGUGCAGGACGCCUGCCUCUACGAGUGCUCCCCCAACCUGCGGCCCUGGAUCCGCCCGGUGGACAGCAGCUGGCGGAAGGAGAGGAUCCUCCACGUGCCCCUGUGCCAGGAAGACUGCCAGCAGUGGUGGGAGGACUGCCAGGAUGCUUUCACCUGCAAGGCCAACUGGCACCAGGGCUGGAACUGGAGCACAGGCACCAACCAGUGCCCGCGGGGUGCCAGCUGCCGGCGGUUCGGGGCGGUGUUCGCCAGCCCUGCCCAGCUGUGCCAGGACAUCUGGAGCCAGUCCUACAGCGCCAGCCGCUACACGCGCGGCAGUGGGCGCUGCAUCCAGAUGUGGUUCGACCCCGCCCAGGGCAACCCCAACGUGGCCGUGGCACAGUUCUAUGCCAGCGCCGCCCUGCCAGGCCCCCGCGGGUGCCCUCUGCUCGGCCCGGGGCUGCUCCUCCUCCUCCUCCUCCUGCCGCUGCCCUCCAGCCUGCUCCACUCGUGAGGUGGAGACCACCGCGGCCACGCUCAGCGCAGCCCACGGGCACCGCACGGCCCCGGAGCGCCUCCCCGUGGAGACCUUCGGGACCACCCUCAAGCCCACCCGUGGGGACCACUCCCACCCCUUCAGGACCCCCCCACCGAGAUCCUCCCCCCAGCAUGGCACACCCCAAAUAAAGACCCCAACCCCC